AUGUAUAUCGAAGCCAUUGUUUUAGAGGGCUUCAAGUCCUACUCAAAUCGCGUCUACGUGGGCCCUCUCCAUCCGCAAUUCAACGCCGUGACAGGUUUAAAUGGGACAGGAAAGUCAAAUAUUCUCGACUCGAUUUGCUUCGUCCUUGGCAUCACCAACCACGCUCUGGUUCGCGCGACGAAGCUGGACGACUUGGUGUACAAGCAAGGUCAGGCAGGAGUAACGAAGGCGACGGUCACAUUGAAAUUCCGCAAUGACCCUCACCAGCAAAACAAUCCUCUCCCUUUUCCCUACAGGGAAAUGCCGGAAAUCACAAUUACUAGACAAAUUGUCAUUGGCGGACGUGACCGGUAUCUUUUGAACAGCCGCAAUGCUCAGCUGAAGGAAGUGCGCGAUUUUUUCCAUUGCUGCCAAAUGAACAUCAACAGCCCCCACUUUAUGAUUCAGCAGGGAAAGAUCACGAAAGUUAUCAACAUGAAGCCGAAGGAGGUUUUGGGGUUAAUCGAAGAAGUCUCCGGGACAAGAAUGUACGAACUGAAGCGUGGAAACGCAGUCAAACUCAUGCAGAAAAAGGAACAGAAGCUCCAAGAAAUUUCAGUCGUUCUGCGAGAGGAAAUCGAACCGACCAUCGAACGCCUGCGCAAAGAGAAGCAAGAGUACUUCAACUUUGUUUCAUUGAAGGAAGAAAUGCAGCGCUUUCAACGCUUCGACGUGGCCUAUCGCUUCUACUGCGCAAAGCAACUCCUCCAGCAGGGUACUUCAGACUUUGACGAACUGACUCAGAAGAAAGCCGAAAUCGAAGCUCAGAUUGCAGAGUGCGAUCGGGAGACAGCUGCGGCGCAGCAGCAGCUCGAGAAUCUCGACGCCGAGCGUGAGAAGCUGGACGGGCCGUUGCAGCGUGUGCGACAGAAGAAGGAAGAAGUGGAGAAGCUGUUGGCGAAGCGUCACUCGGAGGAGAAGAGCGCGCGCCGGGACUUGAAAUUGUCUUCUGACGCACUGGAGGAUAUGAAGAAGGAGGAACAGAAGCUGGCGAAGAAGCUGGCUGACAAGCGCGCCUCGCGGCUGGCGGAGACCAGCCGCGCAGAGGCUGCGGAGGAAGAAAUGAAAAACAUGAAGGAGGCUCUGGAGAUCGCGGAAAAGAAACUCGAGGGCCUGUCGACUGGAGGCGCCGAGGCUGGCGGCGGCGCGUCUCUGCGCGAGAAGCUUAAGCAGGCGAAGACGAAGGCGGCCAAGCUCGAGGCUGAAGAAGAAGACUUGAAAACGGAAGUCAAACACAUCGACGAAGAACUCCGGCAACUCCGCGCGAAACUCGACAAAAGCGGAAAGCAUGCAGCCGAAAUGGCCAAACAGCGCGAGGAAGCAGCGGCGCGGGUCCAGGAGUUGGAGAAGCUGCUCGCGGCAGAGACAGUCGACGAGGAGAAGCUGGCGGCUCUUCGAGAGGAAAUGAAGGCGUGCCGUCGAGAAAUCGAUGCGGCCAAGCAGGAAGCGCAAGAAUCGCUGCACGAGUUGAAUUCCUGGUCCAAGAUCUCCGUUCGUCUGCCUCGCGGCAUGCCCCCCCGCAAGCUGCAUGGACAAAUCUUCGAGUUGAUCGAGUUGAAAAAUGAAUAUCUCGAUUUUGCCAAGGCUCUCCAGCUUCUGGUGGGCGGGAAGCUGGAGUACGUCGUUGUAGAGGAUAAAGACGCGAGCAAAGCUAUCUUCAAAGAAAACAACUUCGCAAACAGUCGGCGACGCGUCACGCUCUUGCCCAUACAAGAUUGCCAAGUCGGAAAAGUUUGCGAUUCUCCAACGCUUCUUCAAAAUCGACGCCUCGUCGGUCUCUCCCCGGACGACUCUCGUGUCCUGCGCUGCCUCGACGUUAUCGAUUUCGACGCCCAGCGGCACGAAAAGGUGGCGGUUUACACCUUUGGCGGCAGUCUGAUUUGUGCGACGGCAGAGAUGGCGGAGAAGAUAACAUAUCAACCGAACAAGCGUCAAGCGUUUCCCACCGUGACCGCCGAGGGCGACGUUUUCCAAACUGGCGGUGUCAUGGCAGGCGGCGGCUCCGGACACGUGAAGGAGACGCUGCUCCUCUGGAAGAACUUCAAGCGGUGUUCUCAGAUGAGCCUGGAACUGGAGGAACGCGCGAAGCAAAUCGAUUUUUAUUUGCAACCGAUGGAGCAAACUGUCCAGAGGCGCACGCAAGUCACCCGAGAGCUUCGACUCGCACAGAACCAGUUGCAGAACGUCGAGCAACUCUUUGCGACGAGCUCCGCGGGCAGCGAACUCGCGCGCGUGGAGCAAGCCGAGGAGAGGCGCAGCGAGUGUGUGAAGCGCCUGAAGGAGAUUGAGGGGGAGAAGGCGGCUGUCCUCGCAGAAGUCCAGCAACUCGACGCGGAGGUCUACGAACUCGAGCACAACCGAGACAAGUUGGUGAGGGGAGAGCGAGGACCGACGACAAGAGAGGGCUUCGACGGCUCAGCACGAAGACACCAAAAAAACUGA